UAGAAGAGAAGACUAAGAUGACGAGGCAACUAGAAUACAAAAUACGGCUGGGGAGACAUAGAUAAUAUUGAAAGCAGAUGGUAGAUCAGCAAUUGGUAGACUGUCAGAUAUUAUUUCAGAGAUGGAGGUAUUGCAUGGCGUGUUCCAGUGAACAACUAAAGAUAUUCAUUCAAAGAUACUGAUUUUCCGUUUGCAGAACAAUCUUUGCUGCUUUUCAGAAACUCUGUAGAAGACUCUUACCCUUUUUCACCCCAUCCCUUUAUCUCCGUAGACUUCACACAUAAAAAGACCCUGGACGUCAGUAUCUACUGGACGUUUCUGUGAGCUUAUCUCAAGCUCAUCAAAAUAUCUCGCUACCGAUCGUCUGUAUGCAAUCUGGUCUCAAUCGAUCUGGACAUCUCUAUUUGCAUCAAACACCAACAUAGACGGAUACGACAACAACAGAAUGGCUGAUACAAUCAUCCCUCUCCACGACUUCUUGGGUCUCAACGACUACAUGUCGGACGAGAAUCGGUUCGCUCAGAUGGUCUAUAUGUCGCUGGAAGCAUGCUUCACGAAGCAACAGAUAGAAGAAUGCCGCGCUCGCAUCAUAGAGGACUCGGAAGAAGAUCCUGAAGAUGAUGUCGACUCCACCAAGGCAGCAAGGAAACCCUCUGCAGGCCGAAAGAGGUUGCAUGCCGACACGUUUUCGGAGGAGCUGGAAAUCUCCCCCUCCAUCCUGUCAGGGUCGGAGACUCCUGACAACGUCUCGAGCCCCAAGGGCUGCACUCCCUGCGACACUCCGAGGAAUCGGAAGAGUGACGUGACGAGGUCACGGUAUCUCCAAGACGACCUGUCAUCAUGCCACAGGCAAGCUCCUCCCACCGCAAGCAAGAGGCUGCACAUAGCCUCAGGAGCAGACUUCGAACUCUGCUAGAACACGGAGGACCCUUCGGAGUUGUGCAUCAUUGUAAUCGUAGUCACUUAAGUUAGGUUAAUCGGUGAUAAACUAAGGCCUCAAGUGC